UUUCCGUAAAUUUAAACAAUAAAAAAAUGUGGCAGUUGCAAAAUAUCUAGAUUGAGUUUCAUUUCUUAAACCCUAUAAAACCCGUUUUCGUCAAAACCCUUUCAAUCAUUUUCAGUGAGAACUUUCGUCGAACACCAUGAGCUCCCCUCCGAACAACUCUUCCUCCCCCGUCAACCGCCUCGACACCAUGUUCCUCCGCCACCUAAUCGGCAGGCUUCAGGUUCAUGAUUCCGACAACCAACUUACCGACGAGGAUUUCAUUUCCGACGAAGAAGAAGAACUUGAAUACGAAAAUGAAGAUGACAAGCACCGUCCAUACCAAGACGACGGAAUACGCGAAAUCUACGAAGAAGAAUCUCGGAUUGAAGCUGAAGUUGUUUAUCGGAUUCUCAAUGGCAAAUCGCAUACGCUGAAGCCUAAUUCCGGUGAAACGGUUACGAUUCGUGAAAGUAGCAUUGCUGUUGGGUUUCAUGUGGAUGAAGAAGAAGGUGAGUAUGUUGUGUGGGAAUGGCAUGGUCACAUUCCGAGGUAUACUGAGGAGCAUCAGUUUUCUCUUGAGUAUAUCUAUGGGAAUUACUUUCAGAGGGUUGUGCCUGGGGAGCGUCCUACUACACCACCUCCAGUAGAUGCAGCGGCUGACAAGGGUUUGAAGGACUUGUUUGAUGGUGCUGUCAAUCCUGCCCCUGGUAGGAUUCUUCAUCGCAAUCUCAACAUUGAUUCUACUGCUCCCAGGCUUUAAGAAUUUCAUCAUUGGAAUUUCAAGUUCAAAGGAUCGCAGGCAGAGGUCGUUGUCAUCAUCUCAUUCCCUUUGUGAAGCAAAGAUAGUUUUCCCAUUUUCCGAGUAUAAAUCUCAAGAAUGAGUCUGCAUUGUAUGCCUGUUUGAGCUUUCAAAUCAUACUUGUAAAGGAUGCAAGACAUGGUUUUUUAUUUUUCGAUACCAGACAUGGUUUUUUUAAUAACUCAUUAUCUUUGCUUGGAGAAGUAAUAAUAUGACAUUUUAUAUUUGGUC